AGAAAAACGUAAGUAUUUUGGACAAUUUUUCCUGCCAUUUGCCAAAGUAUCAAUGAAAAAUAGUACUACUCAUUAAUUCAGAAACAUGAGUAUUUUCCAGCAGUGUUUAUUAAAUGAUACCAUUGAAAGCCAACAAAGAUUAAUAAUAACCAUAGAUAUCCCAUAGCAUAGCAAAUGAACUCAUGGAUUUUCUGGACUCCCCCCCGCCAAAAAAAAAACCAACCAAAUCCAUUUUUUAAACAGAACAUCAGAGGGGCGUUCAUCUGAUGUUUUAAAAUAAAAUAGUAUUCUUUAGAUAUAGGUUAGCCAGCAGGGCCUAUUGAGUCUUGCCUUAGGAAAUCCUCAACUCCAAAGCAAAACAUUUCAUGGUAAAUUUCUGUGACCGGGUCAAAUAAAAUCUCACUUCAGAUAAAACUGGAACCUUAAGUUAUGUUUCAAAUUAGACUUGUCCUUAGGCUGACUGAUAGUAAGUAGGUCUGCCUCGGAGAGGCAUAGAGGAGAUGAGAUGUGGCAGAUGAAACACCUACGACCUGUCUUUUCUACCCAUCAAUAAAGCACUGCUGGGAAAUAAGCAUGCUCUUCUGGGUCUCAACGUUGAGUGAAGAAGCCAGCAUGACAUUCCCUUUCUCAAGAGCCUUGCACUUCCCAUGUUAAUAGUAAUAAUCCCCAACUUCUAUAUAGCACUGUGUCAUUUUUAAAGGAUUUCUUGUUUAACCUUUAUGGCAAUGCUCUGAAGUUGACAUUAUUAUUAUUAGCAUUCUCUUGUUAUGAUGAUGAACACUGAGGCUCCUUGUGAUUAUGUGGUUUCCCCAAGGCCACCCAGCUGUCACAGACACUUUUCCUCACUCCUAGUUCAGUGUUCACUCUGCUUCAUCUUUUUACCACUUGUUUCUAUUCUCGUGUCUACUCCACAUGUAAAUGAAGAUGUCCUGUCAUCCAGACAUUUCCACUCAGGUGCUCCAUUAUCUCAAAUGUAAUAUGCUGAAAAAAGAACCCAACAAUCAGCUAUACAAACACAAGGGACUCAUCUCUCCUUUACUCCCUGAAUUCAGAACUGUCACCAAAUCUUAUCCACUCAUCUUUUGAAAUACCAGUUUCACUCUUUCUUUCCCACAAUCAUCGCCACUCCCUGAAAUAUUUUUGAAAGGCAGAGCUCUUGAAUGAGGAGUCAAAUUUCAGCUGUGGUUGCAUGAAGUCAAAACGACUGGUUGAUUCAGUGGAAGGAAAUAUCAACCAUGUAAUUUGGGGGCAUCAUGCAAACCACAUCUUAGAGUAGAGUUUCUAACUUUUCAAUCAUCUCUAGUGGCUUAGGGAGAUGGGACUCAGUAAAAACAAUAACAUUUAAAACUAUGAAACAAAUGGAUACGUGCAGUCCUAGGUAAUGACUGUUUGUUCUGGACAAGCCAGAUCUCAAGCAAGUAGGAUUUGGUUUCUGAGCAUCCAUUUCCAUGCCAUCCUUCCUGAGGCCUCCGGCAGCAUUGUCACAGACCCAUCAUGACAAGCCAGUUGCAUCCUUGUCCUCAUCAUCAUCAUAACCAACUAGCCCCUUUUCAUUUGCGUUUCAUGGUGCAUGAAGCCUCUUCUAACUUCUGCUUGCCAUUCAUCCUUGAGGUGCAUGUGCUUGCUUGCAUUCCUGGAGGAAUGAUACUAAUCUCUGAGGAUCAGUUGGUAGUGGGGUGGGGAGGCAUUCUCAGGCCAUCAAACAUAUCUAUUUAGAGUCCCAUUUGGUCCUUUGUGGAGUGUGGUACUUGUCAAAGAACUACUCCAUAGCAUCCAAAGACGGUCUUCAGUUUCAGGAAGUGCUUGAGUUUAAUGAGGCAGACAGAUGCAUGAAGUUCAGCAAUACAGUGGGUUUCUGUUAUUCUUUUGUGAUAAGCCAGGUUUUGAAAAUAGGCUGACCUGACAGUGGUGAUGAAGUUAUGAUUUAAUUACUAUCAUUUCCAAUGUACGCUUCAGCCUAUACUAAGUCAUAUCAUUUAUCAUUUCCUUAAUAGCCCCAAACUAACCCCAAAUACCAGAUAUCUGUCUGACCAACACUACCAAAUUGCAUCAUUCAGUUUGAUCUGGUGCUUUGUUGUCUGUAAAGUAUUUCCCUGUACAUUAUUACCACAACAGCCUCAUGAGUGAGUUUUGGUAGGUACUAGUAUUCCCACUUUACAGAUGAGGAAACUAAGACAGAGGAAGGUGAAGGUGUCGGUAAGUGCAGAACAAGGAUUUGAACACAUGCACUUACUCAAGUCAAAAUCGAAAAUGUGGCAUUUUGGAGAUCUGUAAGGACACUGAUGGGGCGGCAAUGAGGGGAUCUUUCUCUUUGCACGCAGUUUGCUCUGUCAUCAUUUGAAGAGUGUUCUGUCUUCUGUUGCUCCAAAUAGCUAACUCUUUGCCAUUCUCAUUAUUUGCUACCUGCUCUUUUCUGGAAAUAUGAAGAGAUUUUAGAAGUAUUAGAAGUAAUGACUAUUCAGAUGAAAACAAUUGGGUAUGUGGAAAAUGCAGUGGAACUUAACAGAAGAGCAGAUACUUGAUAGCCAUUACUACGCUGUAUGAUGAAAUUAGUUCCUUUACAUCCGGAGAGUCUUGGGUUAUUCAUUGCCAAACUAAACGUCACCCCUCCACCCAUUCUAAGAAUGGGAAUAUUAAGGUGCCUCAGUCGGAAGAGUAUGUGACUCUUGAUCUUGGGGUUGUGAGUUUAAGCCCCACGUUGGGUGUAGAGAUUACUUAAAAUAAAUUUAAAAACAAAGGAUGGGAAUAUUAAGGCAUGUAAAAGUAAAAUUGGCUUUCCAAGGGCCAUUCAUUAUGAAAAGCCACAUGUCCACAAGAAGUGGGACUCCCAACACUGGGUAGUAACUUUCAAUGGCCCCCUUCUCCCACAUACCAGCAUAUCAUCAAGUUGUCAGGAUUUGAAAUAAUGUGUGAGAGAAACACAGUAUCUGUCCUAUGAGGAAGAAAGGCCCAAAGUACACGUUUAUUUCUCAAAACUACCUAGAUCACUACGAUCUUUCUAGAAAGAAAAGCUCUGAAGACCAAAAAUCCUAUUCACACCUUCACAGCCAUCGGAAAUACUCCACCAGUCUAAUGAGAAAGAUUAUGCUGCAUGGUUACUAUGAAAUCAGACUUAGCCCUGCCAGAAACAGGUGAUCUUACAUUAAGUGCUAAUCCUUCAAGAGACCAAUCCCACCUUUAGGACCUCCUGAAAUGUGCUGCAAGAAUCUGACCUGUGUUUCUGAGAAUGGAUUUCCAAGCUACCCACACAGAAACCUCUAAAGAGACAGUAGAGUGGCACUGAGCUUUGACAUGCUUCUGGGGCACUGGUUAGAGUAUAGGGGAGCCACGCACCCAGAAGUUGAUGAUGAAAUACGUAGCUUGGCUGAAAAAGUAUUUGCCUCUGAAGUCAAAGAUGAGGGAGGCCGUCAAGAGAUUUCCCCCUUUGAUGUGGAUGAAAUCUGUCCAAUUUCUCAUCAUGAGAUGCGAGCACACAUAUUCCACCUGGAGGCCAUGUCCACCUCCACAGAAGGCAGGAGAAAAAAACGUUUCCAUGGACGGAAGACUGUUAAUUUGUCCAUUCCACAAAGUGAAGCAUCUUCCACUAAACUGUCCCAUAUCGACGAAUACAUUUCUUCAUCUCCAACCUACCAGACCGUGCCUGAUUUUCAGAGAGUGCAGAUCACUGGCGAUUAUGCCUCAGGGGUGACAGUUGAAGACUUUGAAAUGGUUUGCAAAGGUCUGUACAGGGCACUGUGCAUACGGGAGAAGUACAUGCAGAAGUCAUUUCAGAGAUUCCCUAAAACCCCUUCCAAGUACUUGCGGAACAUCGAUGGUGAGGCUUGGGUAGCAAACGAGAGCUUCUACCCAGUCUUUACCCCUCCUGCGAAGAACGGAGAAGAUCCCUUCCAAACAGAUAACCUCCCGGAAAACCUGGGUUAUCACCUCAAAAUGAAGGACGGUGUGGUUCAUGUCUAUCCUAAUGAAGCAGCAGCCAGCAAAGAUGAACCUAAGCCACUUCCUUAUCUCGAUAUGGACACCUUCUUAGAUGAUAUGAAUUUUUUGCUUGCUUUAAUUGCCCAAGGACCUGUUAAGACCUACACCCACCGGCGCCUGAAGUUCCUGUCUUCCAAGUUCCAGGUCCAUGAGAUGCUCAACGAGAUGGACGAGUUAAAGGAGUUGAAGAACAACCCCCACCGAGAUUUUUAUAACUGCAGGAAGGUGGACACCCAUAUCCAUGCAGCCGCUUGCAUGAACCAAAAGCACCUGCUGCGCUUUAUUAAGAAAUCUUACCACAUCGAUGCUGACAGAGUGGUCUACAGCAGCAAGGAGAAAAAUCUGACCCUGAAGGAACUUUUUGCCAAAUUAAAGAUGCAUCCCUAUGACCUGACGGUUGAUUCUCUGGAUGUUCACGCUGGACGCCAGACCUUCCAGCGUUUUGAUAAGUUCAAUGACAAAUACAAUCCUGUAGGAGCAAGUGAGCUACGAGACCUCUACUUAAAGACAGACAAUUACAUUGACGGGGAAUAUUUUGCCACUAUCAUCAAGGAGGUAGGUGCAGACCUGGUGGAGGCAAAGUACCAGCACGCCGAGCCCCGCCUGUCAAUCUAUGGCCGCAGUCCUGAUGAGUGGCACAAACUGUCCUCCUGGUUCGUCCGUAACCGCAUCUACUGCUGCAACAUGACCUGGCUGAUCCAGGUCCCCAGGAUCUACGAUGUGUUCCGAUCGAAGAACUUCCUCCCACACUUCGGAAAGAUGCUGGAGAAUGUUUUCAUGCCAGUGUUUGAGGCCACCAUUAAUCCCCAGGCUCACCCAGACCUCAGUGUCUUCCUUAAGCAUAUUACUGGCUUCGACAGUGUGGAUGAUGAGUCCAAACACAGUGGCCACAUGUUCUCCUCCAAGAGUCCCAAGCCCCAGGAGUGGACCAUGGAAAAGAAUCCGUCUUACACUUACUAUGCUUAUUACAUGUAUGCAAACAUCACGGUUCUCAACAGCCUGAGAAAGGAACGAGGCAUGAAUACUUUCCUGUUCCGACCUCACUGCGGGGAAGCAGGUGCUCUCACCCAUCUCAUGACAGCAUUCAUGACAGCAGAUAAUAUCUCUCAUGGCCUGAAUUUAAAGAAGAGUCCUGUGUUACAGUAUUUGUUCUUCUUAGCCCAGAUUCCCAUCGCCAUGUCGCCAUUAAGUAACAACAGCUUAUUUCUAGAAUAUGCCAAAAAUCCUCUUUUAGAUUUCCUCCAGAAGGGACUAAUGAUCUCACUGUCAACAGAUGACCCGAUGCAAUUCCACUUUACCAAGGAGCCCCUAAUGGAAGAAUACGCCAUUGCUGCCCAAGUGUUCAAACUGAGUACCUGCGAUAUGUGUGAAGUGGCAAGAAACAGUGUUCUGCAAUGUGGAAUUUCUCAUGAGGAGAAAGCAAAGUUCCUGGGCGACAAUUACCUUGAGGAAGGCCCUAUGGGAAACGAUAUCCGGAAGACAAAUGUAGCCCAAAUCCGCAUGGCCUAUCGCUAUGAAACCUGGUGUUAUGAACUUAAUUUAAUUGCUGAAGGCCUUAAAUCGGGAGAAUAAAGCAAAUAAACCAAAUAAUAA